AUGGAAAAUUAUGCAGGACGAUCCAGUGAUUUACGUGAAUUAUUGAUGAACGAUCUUAGUGAAACUAAUGAUAAUAUUGAUUCUGAAGUUGAGCCAGUGGAAUCAGAAGAAUCAGUCGUGGUGCCGGUAGGCCUAGGGGCAAGCCCAUCAGUGAGUCAGCCUUGUGAUGAGACAGGUGAUGAAUCAGAUCUUGAUGUAGACAUUUAUGGUUUGACACCUGAACAUAGUCUUACAGACUUCUCCUCUGGAUCAGAAGAUGACUAUGUCCCACAUAGCAGUGAAUUAGAUACCAGUCAAAGAGAAGUAACAGAUUUAGACGUAGGCCUAGAUGUACCAACCGUAGGUUUGGGUCCACCUGCUCCACCUCCUGGUCCUGGAGGGGAUGCAGCAGCUAGGCUAGGAAUACCCCCAAUUCCAAAUAUUACUAGGCCUAUUUGGACAAGGGUCUACCCCCCAGAACCUGAAGGGGAGGAUAUAGAAACUAAGUUUACUGUGAGAAAUACUGGGAUUAGAGACUGUCCACCCCGCAACAGCAAGCCAAUUGCUUACUUCAAUUUGUUUUUCCCCUACGCAAUCUGGAUGUUAUUCACAACUGAAACCAAUGCAUAUGCAUCCAGAGAAGUAACUCGAAGGAGAUUGUCGGGGGAAUUGAGGGGACAGUCACGGUUACGACACUGGGUUGACGUAACAUACAGUGAAAUGAAGAAGUAUAUAGCGCUGGUGAUAAAUAUGGGCCUAAUUGGAAAAAAAAAUCUUAUUGACUAUUGGGACCAAUCUUUCAGCCAGAGAGUUCCAUUUUUCCCUGAAAUUAUGUCAAGAAACCGUUUCCAGGCUAUAUCGUCAAUGUUUCAUCUCACUUCAGAGCCUUUUAUCGCUAAAGGAGAACCGGGUUAUGAUCCUUGGCAGAAAAUAAGGAAACUCCUAGAUCACUUGAAUGAUGCUUUCAAAAGACAUUUUGUCCCAUCCCAGAACCUAGCAAUCGAUGAAAGUAUGAUAGGAAUGAAGAAUCGGACAAUAUUUAUACAAUAUAUGCCUAACAAGAGACAUGCGCGCUUUGGAAUUAAAAAAUUUGAAAUAUGUGACAGUGCUACCGGUUAUUUGCUCCAUACUGCCCUUUAUAGUGGUAAAGACUUUUUGAGUGAUGGAGAUGAUCCAUUCACUCAAAAAGUUAUAUUUGAGAUGAUGAAUCAGACUCGAUUGUUGGGGAAACAUCAUCAUGUCUUUACAGAUAACUUUUACACUAAGCUACCCCUAGCCGAAGCUUUGUUACGCAACGACACAUAUCUAACUGGUACAGUAAACAAGAAGUCUAAAGAUUUAUCCCGAGCAGUGGUAGGAACACAAUAUGAGGCAGGUCAAACUGUUUAUUUCAGGAAAGGAAAGGUGUUGCUCGUCGGCUAUAAGCAAAAAAAGAAGAGGAAACCCGUUUAUCUUAUAACAACUGCUUGCCAUGCGGAGGAUAGAAAUAUAGUUAGUCGCAGUGGGCUACAAGCUGUGAAACCCCUAGUUAUUCACAAGUAUAAUCUAUCUAUGGGGGGUGUGGAUCAAAAAGAUAAAUCCAUAUAUCAUCACUCAUGUACCAGGCCAACUCGCAAGUAUUGGCGAAAGAUAUUCUUCAACCUAAUGGACAUGGCCAUGCUAAACGCCUACAUUUUAUACUCCAGGAACACAGAUCACCCUCUUUCAAGGAAAAGAUUCAUGGUGGAUAUUGUUGAAACACUUGUCAGGCAACAACCACCUGCAGAACCUGUUCAAGUAAAUCCCUUGGAACACAAUCUAGUGCAGUUUCCAUAG